AGAUGCAAAAGUAUCACUGAAAAACAUGUUUUUGUUUUUGGUCGAGGGGAGAGACUGAGAGGGUACUAGAUGAUUCAAGGUUAGAUUCACCUUCGCGCCUUAUUCUUCCAUUUGGAAACAAAAACCCUAGCGGCACUGCAACGGAAUCCGAAUUCAGAUUCAGAGCAACCUCAUCUUCUACGUUUCCAAAUUUUGGCGCGCUACCAUGGCGGACCAACCGGACCAGUCCUCUGCUGUUCUUCAACAGAUCCUAACCUCACUCUCCCAACCAGCUGAUCCACCACAAAGCUCGGUCUCGGAGCUCGUCGACUUCCUCAAUUCAACCUCCGCUCAAUCAGUCCCGGACAACGAAGAUUCAGAAGCCACCGCCUUCCGAACCCUCACGCAAGUUCACCAAUUCAUCUCUUCUCAGUCAGACCAGGCGAUCUUUGAUCAGCUCUUGUUUGAGUUGCCGAAGGCCGUUUCGGAGUUGGGAGGUGUUUCGGAGAGGUGCCUGGAGGUGUUCGAGAGCAUUAUCGAUCGGUUUGUAUCAAUGUGUGGUGCCAGAGACAUCCUUUCAGUUCUUGGCGAAGCAUUGGCUUACCUAACUAUGAAAGGCGGGGAUUAUGGCUAUGUUGUGCCUCUUUUCUCGGUGUUUUCUAAAGUAUUUCCUUGCCUUAAGAGGCGUCACUUUGAGCAAGUAAAAGAAGCUACUGGAAUUAUCCUCAAAGUUUUGAAGACCGUGUCUUUGGAGUUGGAAGAUGAAGCAGAAUUACAAAAAAUGUUUGAUAGAGCCGUGGGCAUUGCUAAUUCCAUACAUGCAGUUUGCUUGAAGUUGGAAGGAGGAGUAUAUGAAAAGCUUUGUGCUCUUCUUGGUCUUUAUGUCUUAGAAAUUAUGGCUCUUGUCAGCAUGAAUUUUGAAGUUUUAAGUUCGCAGCCCUUUGUGCUGCAACUGUCUAGUUUCUUCCCGUUUUGUGGUUUGUCAUAUCUUGGCUUAAUUACUGGGUCUAAUGUUGACAAAAUAAGUAGGAUUGUAAUACGAGACGAUGAAGAUUUACAUGUUGAUUGUUUCUCCGACGUCAAAUGUGGUGCAUCUGUUUCAGUGAUUUGGGGCCAUGCUUCUAAUGAGGUUGCUACGGCUGCUGAUGAGGAUUUGACUGCUGUCAAGGUUGAACUUCAGAAUAAUCAGACUAAAAGGUGGCAAGCUUUUGGCAUGCUCAAGCACAUUCUAGCUUCUGUCAAUCUGCCAUGGGAACUUAAAAAACAUGCAAUUGAUUUUCUGCUUAGCAUCAGAGGUGGAAAUAUUUCCCCUUGUGACAAACAUAGUGACUUCUCAUCUGACAUGGCGGGCCUUUUUGCUCUUCUGCAGGCUGUUCAAAUGGUCAUCAUGUAUACAUCAGACACAGAGCUGAGGAAGAAUGCCUUUAAUGCAUUUAAAUCGAUUCUGGCUGAUAUUCCAACUUCUCAUAGGUUCGACAUUCUAAAGGCUUUAAUCACAAAAAGUGAUUCUUCAUCUAUGAGUGCAAUCCUUUUAGAUAUUGUUAAAGGAGAGAUGCACAAGGAAAGAAUGGGAAAUGAUGAAGCUUUGCAAGAAGAAAAUAAUACAUAUCCCCGUUCAUCGUUGUGGACUGCCAGCGUCCUGGAAUUGGUGGAGUCGAUUCUAAGGCCCCCGAAGGGAGGACCUCCAUCCUUUCCUGAGCAUACUGAUUCGGUCUUAGCUGCACUCAACUUGUACCGAUAUGUAUUGAUAGCAGAAUCAAGAGGAAAGACCAACUAUACCGGAGUAGUUUCCAGAAGCAAUUUACAGAAAGCCUAUAAUGAAUGGCUUCUACCUCUGCGAACCCUAGUUACAGGCAUAGUGGCAAAGAACAAGAAUGAAAAUAAUGAGCUUGCAGGUGACACUCUGUGCACUUUUAACCCAGUCGAAUUAGUUUUGUACCGCUGUAUAGAGCUUGUUGAAGAAAAGCUGAAAGAGUCUACGUAAGUUGUCACCUGGAUAUAUAUCCCAUUUUUGUUUCCUGUUUGCCAUUCCAAAUAUGAGAUUCUGUACCUGUACAGUUGAAAACAGUGUAUAAAAAAUUAGAAUUACAUGGGAUCCUAGUAAACAUGUUUGUUUUGAUGAUUUUGUUAUAUGAUUUCUCAACAA